AUGCAAACUCCCCUAACUCACCAGGAACCUUCCUCAAUGGGACUAAAAGAGUUGAAAGAAUCAACUAUUCAUCUGGCAUCGAGCAUGAGAAGCAUAAAUAGUGCGGGCGAUGAGUCAAUAUUUGAUGUUGAGAAAGAAAUUGAUGAAUUAUUGCCUAUUGAGGUUAAAGAACAACGAGUAAGCAACUUGCUUCAAUCUUUAAUGGUAGGAGGGUGUGUAGCAGCUAUGCCUAUCCUGAAAAUGAUUCCAACUUCUGUAUUGUGGGGAUAUUUCGCUUUCAUGGCCAUUGAAAACUUACCUGGCAACCAGUUCUGGAAAAGAAUUUUGCUCAUUUUCACUGCGUCGAGCAAAAGAUACAAAGUUAUGGAGGAACACCAUGCGACUUACGCAGAAACUGUGCCUUUCAAGAUAAUGGAGGCAUUUACAUUCUUCCAGACUGUAUACUUGCUUGUUUGUUUUGGUAUCACUUGGGUUCCAAUUGCAGGUGUUCUGUUCCCAUUGAUGAUAAUGCUUCUCGUUCCUGUAAGACAGUACAUUCUGCCCAAGUUCUUCACAGGUGCACACCUUCAAGAUUUAGAUGCUGCAGAAUAUGAAGAAAUCCCAGCAUUACCAUUCGACCUAUCUGCUGAAGGAGAGUUGAGCAUGACAGGUUCCUUUGCAGAUGAAGGAGAGAUUCUGGAUGGGAUUAUCACCAGAAGCCGCGGAGAGGUUAAACGAAUUUACAAUCCAAAGGUGGUGAGCUCCAUUGUAACACCGUCCAAUGAGUUUACAAGUAUUUCAAAGUCCAUGGUUCCCAGAUAA